AUGUCCCCUCGCUUGCGAUGGCGGCUCCCAGCCCAGGCCGUCGUGCUGGCAUGCCUGCAGGCGCCCGGCGGUGCCGGCGCAGGGGGUUCGGCCACGAUCACCACCACGCUCCCCGACGGACCGCCGGAGCGGCCUAGGCGGCGCGUGCGUGACGAGUGCGCUCCCGAGUUGGGGCUGGUGAGGGGCGCGUCGGAGAGGGCCGUGACCUACGCGAAGAGCGCCCGCGUCUUCUGCAACGCCUCCUCGCCCUGGGCGGAGCAGCACGUCGGGCAGCUGCCGCGCGUGGUGGGGCUGGUGCUCCCCUGGCACGACCAGGGCUACAGGUCCACGAACUACUUCCGCAGGAAGCUCUCUGCGGUGUCGCCGCUCUGGUACCGGGCGCUGCCCGACAGGAACGGGAGCUACGAGCUCGUGGGCCAGGAGUUCGCCAACCGGCAGAGGCGGUGGAGCGAGCAGACCUCCGCACCCGUGUGCCAGGCCGGCCGCGGGUGCCUCCCCGGCCCCGCGGUGGUGCCUACCGUCUCACUGGAGGGCUUCGAGUCCAUCGCGGACAUCAAGAGCGUGCUCGAGUCGCCGGCAAAGUUCGCGGUCGAGGUGGCGCUGGUGUGCGACCGCCACGACCACGCGGGCAUCGUCCUGGACGUCAGGCUGGCGCUCUUCAGCAAGCUCAAGCCGCUGCUGCCGGCCUUCGUCGCCGCAGUCGCGCAGGGACGAAUGGCCGAGGUCGAACAGCAGACGGCCGCUGCAGUCAAGACGCUGAAAUAA